UGUACCGAAUGUGAUCAGCAGAUUCAUGAACUACACUCACUAGAUUUCGUGUAUGUUAAAUGUUAUUUACCCCGAGAUGGCUUCACUUUAGCAUUAUAAUAUCUCAAUAUUCGAAACAAAAAACUACUCGUUUUCUUGUAACUUAAUCUCGGACUCUUAUAUUGGUGGUUGUGGAAGUAAAUACUUCAUCUGAGGUCGAGUUCAUCAAAUUUCCUUGAAGGAAAAUACAGCCAUGACAGACAAAAAGUCAARAUGGCAAGCAGGAACAGAAAUUGUGGGAAAGUAUGAUUUUAGGGGGACAACAAGAGAUGAUCUUCCAUUCAAGAGAGGAGAACUCCUGACUAUUGUUAGAGAAACUAGGGAUUGUAAUUGGUACAGAGCUAAAAACAGUAGUGGUCAUGUGGGUCUGAUUCCUGUAAACUAUGUUCAAGUCGCAGAGAAAGGAGCUGUCAAAUUACAGAGUAUGCCAUGGUUUCAUGGGAGAAUUGAUAGAGAAAAGGCAGAGGAAYUGUUACAUCCUAGGAAAGAUGGAUUAUUUCUUGUCAGGGAAAGUCGUAACUUCCAGGGUGACUACACAUUAUCUGUAUGCUUUGAAGGUAGAGUCGACCAUUAUAGAGUUCUAUUCUCUAAUAAUAAAUUAACUGUAGAUGAAGAAGAGUACUUUGAAAAUUUAACCAAGCUAGUCGAGCAUUACCAGAAUGAUGCUGAUGGUUUAUGUACAAUGCUGAGAGAACCACUAGAAAAGAAGGGAAGUUUUGACUACUCCGUAGAUCCAGAGAUGUUUCAUAAAGAGGGAUGGGCCAUCCCAAGAAAUCAACUUAAGUUACUGGAACCUAUUGGAAAGGGUGAAUUUGGAGAUGUUCUUUUAGGUGAAUAUAAGGGUCAAAAAGUUGCUGUAAAAAGUUUAAAAGACGACAGUCGUGCUGCACAGCAGUUUUUGGCAGAAGCUUCAGUMAUGACGUAAUGUGUGAUUGUUUUGAUAACAGGGAUGUUGCUGCGGUUGCAAAACGCUUUACAGUAUAUGACAUUGUGUGUUUGUUUUGAUAUCAGGGAUGUUGCUGCGGGUCUCGAGUAUUUAGAAGCUAAAAACCUUGUUCACAGAGAUGUAGCAGCAAGGAAUGUCUUAAUAGAUGAUAAUGCAUCAGCCAAGUUGUCAGAUUUCGGAUUAGCUAGAGAGGCUAAUUUUAACCUCGAAGGAGGCAAGUUUCCGAUCAAGUGGACAGCACCAGAAGCGUUAAAAGAGCAGAAAUUUUCUACCAAGUCAGACGUCUGGAGUUAUGGAAUAUUUCUAUGGGAAUUAUUUUCAUUUGGUCGAGUACCCUACCCUAGAGUGCCCUUGUCAGAUGUAAUGGCUAAAGUGGAGAAGGGAUAUCGAAUGGAAAUCCCAGAAGGAUGCCCUCCUGAUGUAUAUAAUGUAAUGCGAGAAUGCUGGCACAUAAAUCCUUCCAAUCGACCGUCGUUUGGAGAAAUUCGCCGAAAACAAGAGAAUAUUUACACGGGAUUCCUGUAACGGGCACUGUUGGCACUUAUUAAUUGAUACAGAUAAUCAUCGUCACACAUUAACUUGUAAAAAAGUCAAAACUGAGGUAAAUGAUAUUUAUUGAAGUGACAAUAUUUGACAAGUAACGAGAAUGUGAUUAUAACAGUAGAUAUAGUCCUAACUCUGAAUCACGUUUUGAAAGUCGAAGUCACUUAUUUUCUACAAAGGUGAUGYUUYCACGUGAAUUAUCCCCGUUAACUCUGUUACUUGRACMGAUAUUGAYACKCGAUAAAUACACAAAGACUGAUCUCCAUGACAACGCAUAUGAGUUGUUCAKUUAGGUUCGUGAGUAGGUAAAUUUCGAGUAUCUGCUCCAGUUGUAACCUAUAAGGCCGUUUGUUUGUGAUUCUAUCGUGUUAAAAUACUGACCAGGAGAAGUGUUGUGCUUCUUUAACUGCAAUAUUCUUUGUCAUUCGGGUUCUUAUGAAAAACAACUAUUAAAUAUACGCCAUUAAGGUGUAUYGUUUUUCACUACACUUUUCAUAUUCAUUUAACUGAUUUAUAACCUUACUUGAUUUUGGAGUUAUAGAGAAAGGAUAGCCUUACCAUGGCAACGACUAAAGGUUUUGAUUUGUUAACCGAAUAUUCUUUGAUAUCAUGGAACCUAAACAAGCUGUAAAUGAAAUCAUUAAUUCCAGAGUACUAUAAAACGACAACAACUASUUUUAAKGAAAAUCAAUCUGUUUGAUUUCAAAUGUUGUUCCCAAGUUGCGAUUUUUGCAAAUUACUCAAAUCCAUAAAUUCAGUAAAUUUUUGAAAUCGUGUUUUUUUCUUUUAAUUCCUUUGAAUUGAUGAUUUCAUUUGUCGCUAUUUUGAUGCCAUGAUUUUUUUAAAUAAUAUUCAAAACAAAAUAUUUCCAACUAAAAUAUUUGUCAUUGCUAUGAUCAUUGCAUUGUUUUUUGUCUAUAACUGAUUGAAUAAUCAWGUACGUAGAUAUAAUAGGUUAUGGCUAUAAAUAUAAGUCAAAUGAAACUGGGACCCACCCCUUCAAUACAUUACAGACGUUUCAGAUGUUUGCCCUCACAACGUGAACAGUAAAACUUCUAUUAAGCAGUUACUUCAGGGAAACACCAUGUAGAUGACCGCUUAAUAGAGGCUGUCCGCUCAAUAGAGGUUGAAGGUUUUAUAGAGGUUACGUUUAUAGUAAAUAAAUAUGAGAAGUAA